AUGAUUGAACAGGCAGAAGACGAAAUGGCGAAGAUGGUUGUAACGCGAGAAAAUGAGUUUGAUAUCGAUCUGGUGACUGAACUAUUUGAAAAGUCACUUGUGGAUCACAGUGAUGUUAGUCUGCCGCUGUACAUUGAUGCAUAUCGACAAAUUAACAAGUUAUUCUCAAUCCUCAGUAAAGGAUUUUCUUUUGUUGAGAAUGAUUUGUUGGAGAAAGAAAAGAUCUUGCAUGAGUUACAUAUAGCAGACCCUGCUCAUUAUGAUACCGUAAAUAGCAUGAUAUCGUGGGAAUGUCGUUUGGGCGCACCAUCCGAAAAAGGUUCAAGAACAUUGCUUCGACUGCAUAGGGCCCUGUUAUUUAUCGUUGAUUUCUUGAAGAAUCUAAAAAAUUCCCGUGAAGGAGAUCAGCCGCACCAAGUCCUAGAUGAGGCUCGAGUCCAUCCCAUUCUCUGCGUCGCCGCUCAACACGUCCGCGGGGAGUGGCGAUUAGCCGCGUAG